AUGACUCGCCCAACAAAACAAAAAAGAAAUCUAUCUCAAAAAUCUGGAAAUGCCAAAAGACAUACUCGAAAGAACAAUCAAGACUGUAACUCUUCUUGGCUCUAUAGUUUAUUCCACAACUUGAGAACUUAUUCCAACCCUAACUCACGAAAACCUAGGAAUGAUAAGGUUCUUCGCCAGGUUCCAGGCCAAAUAAUUGAUGAGGAAGCAGUAGAGAGGAGCCUUUGCGCAGAAAGAUCAUACAGGUUAUUAGAAAGCUAUCAAAAGUGUCGAGGCAGUUGUGCAGACUACGAACAUUAUGUACACAAAGACGACACUAUCGGGGACGUCGCAUCUUGUUGGAAAUGCAAAGCUACCACCCAAGGCAAGAAUCCAAUACCAAAGGAACAAGGCAAAUUUAGGAAAAACCCAGAAGUGAUCCUCCGCAACCUAAGCUUUCCAUGUUUCCCUGAAGUUAUCAAGUCUAGGGAGCGUCAUGUUUUACCUGUAUUGGAGCGAGGAAAAAUACUCCUUGUGAAAAGAUACAACAACGCUGAAAAAUUAGUCCCUGGCGUAGAGGAAUAUGCUGAAAUCCCUAUAACAGAAAGUGGGUCAGUCGAAGAAAUUAUGUAUUCUGUUCUUCAGUACUAUAGGUUUAGAAGUCACUUUCUGCCACAUUUAUGCUUUAAUAAUCUGUGGGUCUGUGGUAUAGAAAAGAUUGACGAAACACACUACCGAUGCAAACUAAAUUUGUGA